CUCUUUCUUUUUUGUUUUCUCCCUUCUUUUUUUAUUUUUAAAUUUUAUUUAUUUUUAUGAGGGGUAUAGAUAGGGCAACUCUUAGCUCCUCAACAACCUCAAUUAACUACAACAGUGUCAAAUGUAUACACAUAUUUUAAUAGCUAUGUGUAUAUAAAUAAGCCAUUUGCAUGUGUACUUAGUAGACUAGUACCAUAAAACCGGAUAUUUAAUAAGAGAUAUGGCAAUAGAUAGGCAAGUGACGGAAGGAGAGGAGCCGGUAAGUCCAUUUGCGCGGUUGUUUAGCUUGCCAGGUCUUGAUGUCUUCAACAUUGUAACCAUUGGAUUCAAAACCGAAACCAAUCCACCAAUCGUUGUGGAAGGCUUAAAGAACACACUGAUCAACCAUCCACGCUUCUCUAGCAUACUGGUGACUGGUCAUGGUGAGCACAAAAGAAAAGCUAAAUGGAUUCCAACGAAAGUAAUAGUAGAAGAGCACAUAAUUGUUCCGGAUAUAGAUCCCAACAUUGAGAAUCCUGAUGAAUUUCUAGAGGAUUAUACAUCUAAGAUGGCUCUUUCUCCAAUGGAUAUGUCCAAACCUUUAUGGGAGUUUCAUUUAUUGAAACUUAAAACAUCACAUGCCGAAUCUGUGGUUGUGGCUAGGUUCCAUCACUCUUUGGGAGAUGGGAUGUCUCUUAUGUCUCUUUUACUCGCUUGUACUCGGAAAACAUGUGAUCCCGAAGCGUUGCCUACUUUUGUGGCUCCUAAGAAAAACAAAGCAAAGAAUGUUUGUUUUGCUUUGGUUGCUUGGUUAUGGUUCAUAGUAAGAUUUAUGUUCCACACUUGUGUUGAAGUUAUCAAAUCAAUGGUUUUUAUUUGUUGUGCGAGGGACACCUCAGCUCAUAUAAUGGGUAAACCAGGAGCUACACUCGGUAAUAAUAAGUUUAUUCAUCAAAUCAUUAGUUUGGAUGAUGUCAAAAUGGUGAAGAACGCCAUGAAUAUGACUAUAAAUGACGUUCUUGUUGGUAUGGUACAAGCUGGUCUUUCUCGAUAUUUGAAUGAAAGAUAUGAUCUUGAAGACAAACUACAUUUUCAUGGUGUUGUUUUUUUUAAUCUAAGGCCAAACAGAAAUAUUGAGGAAUUGGCAAAUAUGAUGGCAAAAGGUUCGAAGUGUAGAUGGGGAAACUCAAUAGGUUAUGUUCUGAUCCCCUUGGACAUGAAAUCGAACGAUGAUGUAUUUGAAUAUGUUCGACAAUCCAAAACUAUUAUGGAUCGUAAGAAACAUUCCCUCGAACCUCUAUUUUCCCAUGUGUUGCUCAAGUUAACAUUGGAGGUUUUUGGAUUUAAGGCACUCGAAACUCUUAUAAAGAGAAUUUUUGGAAGCACAACAAUGAUAUUCACUAAUGUGGUUGGUCCAGCGGAAGAAAUUAGCUUUUUCGGCCAUGUGAUAUCUUACAUUGCUGCAAGUACCUUUGGUGUUCCACAGGGACUCAUUAUCGGUACUCAAAGCUAUGUGGACAAACUCAUAAUCAACAUCGGAGUUGAUGUAGACGUGAUUCCAGACCCUCAUCACCUCCGCGAUCUCAUCAUCGAAGCUCUCCACAUGAUGAAGUCUGCUGUUGUUCCACAAACGACUUUUCAUGCUUCAGAGGUGUAAACGAAAUGGUCGGCGUGCAUAUCUAUGGAUGAAACCUAUUUACAACGUAUAAUUUUCAAUAGAUUGUCUAUUUACGUCUCAUCCUUUGUUUAUCAUCUUUAUAAGUCCUACACUAUCAUUGGUUUGUUGUAUGUCAUCCUUAGUUUAUCAUCUUAUAAGUCCUACAUUAUCAAUAAUAAUUCAUCCAUAAAUGUU